UCCUGCAUUCGGCAAGACAGAGAAAUGAGGCAGGCAAGGUGGGCGACUAUUCCAGAGCUGCAUAAAUAAUCUCCAGCUUUGGAUGGGACAGUUCCGAGCAUCCUUCCCAGGUGCCAUCACACCGGUGUUCACUGGCGUGAAACUGGGAAGAGCUGGUUCCCAGCCCUUGGAUCUUGACUGGUGAAGAAGACAGGUUUAGGGGAGAGGCAGGACUCCUUUCAGUGGUUCUCUCUGUAAAAGCCCUGUGAGAUGUCAGGCCUGCUCUCAGUCUUCCUCCACCUCCUCCUUCUCUUCAAGUUGGUUGCCGCCGUGACCUUUCGCCACCACCGCUAUGAGGACCUCGUGCGGACGCUGUACAAGGUGCACAACGCGUGCCCCUACAUCACGCGGCUCUACAGCAUCGGGCGCAGCGUGGAGGGGAGGCACCUCUACGUGCUGGAAUUCAGCGACCAGCCUGGAUUCCACGAGCUCUUGGAACCUGAAGUCAAGUACGUGGGGAACAUGCACGGCAACGAGGUGCUGGGCCGCGAGCUGCUGCUGCAGCUGUCGGAGUUCCUGUGCGAGGAGUUCCGGAACGGGAACCAGCGCAUCGUCCAGCUGGUCCAGGGCAUGCGCCUUCACAUCCUGCCGUCCAUGAACCCGGAUGGCUACGAGGUGGCUGCCGCCCAGGACUCAAACAUUUCUAAAAACUUGGUUGGCAGGAACAACGCAAAUGGAGUGGACCUGAACCGCAACUUCCCCGACCUCAAUACCUACAUCUACUACAAUGAGAAGUACGGAGGCCCCAACCACCACCUGCCCCUUCCAGACAACUGGAAAAAUCAGGUGGAACCCGAGACCCGAGCCGUGAUCCAGUGGAUACGCUCCUUCAACUUUGUCCUGUCAGCCAACCUCCACGGAGGGGCAGUGGUGGCCAAUUACCCAUAUGACAAGUCUCUGGAGCAGCGGGUCCGAGGUUCCCGCCGUGCUGCCAGCACCCCCACUCCUGACGACAAGCUUUUCCAGAAGCUGGCCAAGGUCUACUCCUAUGCACAUGGAUGGAUGUACCAUGGUGGGAACUGCGGGGACUACUUCCAGGACGGCAUCACCAAUGGGGCCUCCUGGUAUUCUCUCAGCAAGGGAAUGCAAGACUUUAAUUAUCUCCAUACCAACUGCUUUGAGAUCACCUUGGAAUUGAGUUGUGACAAAUUUCCCAACGAAGACAGGUUACAGCAUGAGUGGCUGGGUAAUCGGGAGGCCCUAAUCCAAUUCUUGGAACAGGUACACCAUGGCAUCAAGGGGAUGGUGCUUGAUGAGAAUAAUAAUAAUGUCCCUGAGGCUGUCAUUUCUGUCAGUGGGAUUAACCAUGAUGUCACUUCAAGUAACCAGGGCGAUUACUUCCGGCUGCUGCUUCCGGGCACCUACACUGUCACUGCCUCAGCACCUGGGUUCGACCCAGAGACCGUGAUUGUGACCGUGGAUCCUGGGGAACCCAAACUGGUUGAUUUCCAACUCAAGAGAAGCACCCCUCAAGUAACUGAGUCCCCAAAACAGCACCUGGAGGCAGAGUCUGACCAAAGCAAGUACAGCCCUGGGUAGCCAGGUGAAAAGACAAGGAAAUGGCAGCAGCAGAGUCGACAGCAAUUCACGGCAGCCCAGGGAACACUUCGGAAAGGCUUUGGUCCUGCUCUCUGGUCAGAUGAAGCUUUCUUUCUAUUUUACUAUCUGGGACAUAUUUAAAUAUAGACACAUUCAGAACAAUUCAGAA